AUUGUUUACAUCCACCAAAAAACAACCCUUUGCGCGCUGUAAACAGUGUAACUGAACAAAAAAACCCCUUUCGCACUGGUUAUGCGGUUCCUCGACACAAUUUCACUACCAAGUUGAUUCAAUUUUGCGAUAAUUUAGUCCCAGAAACCGUCUGUGAUAUGGUAGCGAUGAAUGGCCAACCGCAACUGAUACCAGGUGUCGUGCGUAAAGCGGCUGUUUCUCUGCAACCGAAACCCUCGCCCUGCAUUGUAAAGGCCAUCAAAAAGUCGUAUCCACAGAAUGGUAUCAUUCCCGGAUCGAUAAGACCGGUUGCGUGUAACGUUUGUUAUGGGAAGGCUCCUGUCGCUAUUGUACCUGCUCCCAGCACACCUUGCACAACGACCGGUGCCGAUCAACUGACCAGCCGAGCUGUUGAAGAGAUCCUGCGCGAGACGCGGCUAGGGAAAAUGCGCGCCGAAGAACGUGGCUCCACCGCCUGGCGACCGUGUCCGUUGCGGAAAACAAACAAACGCUUCCUAAACCGGACGCUGGAAUCGAUGGUGAAGCACAACGCGCGAGUAAAACAGAAUACAACCCAUCGGUCACUGCUCAAGCUGACCGAGCUGGUACGGAAAGGGAACGAGGAUACGCGGGAACGCUCCAGUAAACCGACGAAAGAGAAGAGACGCGAUCGGAGCAAGAGGAACGAUAAAUCUCACACGACAGUAAUCGAUCUCGCUACAGAUAGUGACUGAUAGAGCAGUAGAAGUAUAGAUUAUAGGUUAUAAUUUGUUUAGGAGGGUCUAAUUGAGUAUGAAAUACCUCAGUUGCUGUACAACUACACUUGGUACUGAUGAUAAGGAUUGCGUUCGAUUCUGGCGUUUUACACUAAGGAUUUCACAGAUCAGUUCUCAUAUCAUCACUAACGAAUUGAAGCUUGAAAGUCGUCUUUAAAAAAUACUGUAAGACAAUCGAGGAUAGAUUAAUAGAGGAUAAACACGGCAUAGUUUAGGUUUGCGAUUGACUUUCAUUAUCGAAAGAUCACUAAUUAAGGCGCCUCUAAAACUUCGAAAGUAAAUUUCGGACUGGAGGAUGUACAGGAAAUCUGCUGUGAAGCUUUGCUUGUUUGAAGUUUUAUCAUUUUCAUUCAUUAAAUUUACUUACUCUUUACUAUCGCCAAAUGAAGAUGCUGCAAAAAAGAUUUAAAUAUCAUUAUUUUCCUUUUUUAUCCUUUAUUUGUUCGUAAAGUAGCAUUAACUAGGGUCAUGCAAAGGGCAAAUCAUUACAAAAAACAUUUAAGAAAAGUACUGGAAUAGAAUGAACCAAAUGGUUGAAGCAAAACAAAUCAUUAAAAUUAAAUGUAAUUAAUGUACAGUACAAUAAUAAAAACAAUUAAAUUGGAAUCAAAUGUAAUAAAUGUACAGAAUAAUAAUUAAAAAAAAAACAAUCAAAUUUGCAUCAAACAUGAAAUUUUGAUUAUUAUUAUUAUGAUAGAUCCAACAAAA